GGGAUAUUACCUCAAGUUCUUUCUCGCGCUUCUUCAGUUGAACAUCCCGAGGCAGUUUAGUUCCGUCAUUGACCAGGAAGGACCGCUGCGACAGUUUGUUCUCUCAUACGAUCUCAGUGUAUCUCUCUGUAAUAAUUUACCGCCACCAUGGUAUGUUCAAUUGAAGAUAUUGCCGAUGAGCUGCCCCCAGAACAAAUCGCAGUUCUGCGCAAGGCGUUCGACAGUUUUGACCGUGAAAAGAGCGGAAGCAUUCCCACCGAUCUGGUAGCAGAUAUUCUUCGACUAAUGGGACAGCCCUUCAACAAAAAAAUUCUGGACGAGCUGAUCGAUGAAGUUGACGCCGACAAAUCUGGACGCCUCGAGUUUGAAGAGUUCGUGACGUUGGCUGCCAAAUUCAUCGUUGAGGAAGAUGCGGAAGCUCUGGAAAAGGAACUGAGAGAAGCUUUCAGGCUUUACGACAAAGAGGGUAACGGAUACAUUCCCACCUCGUGUCUGCGCGAAAUUCUUCGGGAACUCGAUGACCAGUUGACGGAUGAGGAACUGGACAUCAUGAUCGAGGAAAUUGACUCUGACGGAUCCGGAACGGUAGAUUUUGAUGAAUUCAUGGAGAUGAUGACCGGAGAAUAAAUGUACCUAAGCACAACGCAGGCAACAUCCUUUUAUAUUUGUGCAAGACUCAACUGAUCAAUGGGAGCGAGUGCCUCGGAAGACGCAUAAUCGACUAAUUUACAACCUGUUAUUUUUUUUUUUUUCUUCUUCAAUUUAUAAUCGAUGAAAUAUAUUUAUACCUAUAACUUUAAUUGUAUAUUUAUGUCUGCCGCAACGUUAAUUUAAUUUUAAUACGUCAUGACGCGUCUACUGUUUUUUAGAGAAAAGAAAACGAAGUAAAAACUGAAUUCAAAAUUCUGAAGCAUUGGAAUUGAGUGUUGAAUUACUGUUUCUGGGACAUGUAUGAGACCAUUACGCACGGUACAUUUCCAAUCAACAAAUCUAUACACGUUUUUAACAGACACAAUGAGUUAUAUAUUUGCUACGAAUGAACUAAACAAUAUUAUACGCCUGUAAGCACGUUGAACAAACGUACAUCACCGCAUAAUAUGUAUUAUAUAAUAUAUAUUAUAUAUUAAUCUGCCAAAUUUUUGGUGAGCAGUUUCCAUUGUAAUAAAUAAAAUUUACUAAAAACGUA